UUGCCCCCGGCUCAAAAUUCAAAAGUUAAUCUCUCUCAGAACCAUAUCCUCGCGCCACACUUAGCCGCCAUCUCCAUGGCACUUUCCACCGCUCCUCCACCAACUGACCCUGACCCUCCUCCCACAGCUGCCGCCGUCUCCACCUCCAAUACCACUGCCGCAACAACGAGACCCCUGUUACCUUACCCCAGACCCCCUAAUCCCCACGCACACAUCCCAACUCCCGACCUCUUUUAUUCGUCCCCAUCCAGACAAUUGCCCUCCAAUCCCAACCCCAAUUACGCUCAAUUGGCCCCCCGGCCACCACAAACCGAGUUCCACCCUCGCCCACAGGACCCCUCACAGCUGCUUUACCCCAUCGCCUCCUCCGGCCGAGGAUUCCUUCCGAGACCCGUCACCAUGCUUGCGGCCCGACCCGCCUCGAGGCUACCUCUUGCGUUCUCUGCUACGGAUCUAAGUCAGGGUAGUUCGGGGUAUGUUAGGCCAUCUCACUUGCCGCACGCGCUCCUUGGCUCUGGUCCCAGUUCUACUGCUACCCGUGGGGUCGUGCUAGGUGCGGCCAAAGGAAUUCCUGUAUCCACUUCACCCCUCCUGAAGGUUCGUCUGUUUGUUGGUCCUUCAAGUACCAUCUCUGAUAGUAAUGGCUAUAAAAAUUUGAGGGAUAGAAGUAUGGAUGAUGCUAUUACGGUUAUUGGAGAUCGGAAGGUUAGUAUAUCUGAAAAUGCUUCUCUUUAUGCCCUUUGCCGGUCAUGGUUGAGGAAUGGUUCUCCAGAAGAAACUCAGCAGCAGCCUCAGUACCCCGAUGUCAUAAAGUGUCUUCCCAGACCUCUGCCAGUAGCUGAGCAACAUUCAGAUUCUCCUGGGAGGAAGGAAGGCGAUAAAGAAGACGAAGAAAAGGACGUGGAGUCUGUUGAGGAUAUGUCUACGAAAGAUCUGUUGCAAAAACAUAUCAAGCGUGCUAAGAGGGUUAGGUCACGGCUAAGAGAAGAAAGGCUCCAACGAAUUACCAGAUACAAAACCAGGCUUGGUCUUCUCUUACCCCCAAUGGUGGAGCAACAUGUAAAAAAUGUAUCUGCUACAAACUGAAAACUGAAGACAUCAGGUGAAGACCUCACAUUUGACAGUAUGAAGUUGCAUAAUUUGGUGUUUCCGAUGCUGUAUAGAACAUAUAAAAAAGUGACAACUUUUUCUGUUAUCUUGCCAUCGAUUCUGUAUCGUUUUACGCUCUAGAUCUGCUGUUUGUGUAAUUGAGAGCUACCAAAUAUAGCGUAUUCAGUUAUAAAUUUGGGUAGAUUGGAAAUAAUGCUUAACGAGUACUUUUCAGCUGAAGUAGCUACUGUAAAAUCUAAAUUAGAGAAAUUACUGCAUCUAUUUAUUUUUGUUGAAAUAUACUGUUUGAAAUUACCUUAAA